UGUAGGUACUUAGUAACGUUGAAGGGUUGAAGGCAACUUUAUGCGGGGACAAAGUUCCGGCUGUCCUUCUAGAUCCCUUCCUCCUUAUUCCUCUCCCUUUUUCUCCCUCUCUGUCACUUUUCUCCCCUUCCUCCUCAUACUAUCGCGAUGCUUACUACUUACCUAGUUACUAUAAUAUAAUGAACACCUCUUAUGGUUUUCAUAUUUGUCUGGUUUUUAGUGUUAUAAGCCCCUUAUGAUGGUUUCGACUCAUGGCCAUCCUUGGUUCUUUAGUCUACCCCUGGAAAUCCAGUGGUGGAUCCUUCGAUGCCUUGACCUCCGUGAUCAAGCCGUGUUUCUGCGGACCUGUCGUAGGGCCCAGGGCAUCACAGAGCCGCUGCUGUAUUAUAGAAUAUACACCAAAACCCGCACACAUAAUGAUACAGUUGGGCUGUUCGAGUUCUUACUUAGGCAUCCUCAUGUCGUCAAGUUUGUGCAUUACCUCGUUCUGGACGAGUUUCACCCCGUCGGUUAUAGACAGCUCAUGGCUUUCGAGUUUCCCAACCUUGAGAGCGUAAUUAUGCAGCAUGAAGGAGAUCCUCUCUUUAUUAACGACGAAAAGCGUCGUUCUCUGAACCAGCUCGUCCGAGAACAGCCCAGCAUGACGAAUUUGACCUUCUCGAUCGAGCGUGAAGACGCGUCUCCCGUCAUACUGGAUGAGGAUGACGCUGUCCUCUUCCGCCAUAGAAAGAUGCGGCGGAUCCGGCUUUCCUUCAUUGAUUUCUCUGCCUUUGCCUACGCAGACGCGGACUAUUUCCAGCAUGAGGGCUUGAGAGUACUAUCCGUCGAAUUAUGCCGGUAUACCUGCGAGGCACUGAACCGGCUUGUUGCUCCGAGUAGGAGCUUACAAGAUGUGCAUUUCAGCCAUAACGGACAGGUGCCUUUCUCGGAAAAGCUGUAUCCGAUCGUGUUGGCCUCGUCUCGGGAGAGCUUGCGCAUACUGGACCUGACGUGGCGCUGGAAGAUCCCGCACGAAGGCGAGGGUAUGGAUUUUACGCGGUUCUCCAAUCUGCACUUCCUCCGCGUGCCCCCUAUUUACCUCCUCGGCAGCACGUAUAUGGACGAAAUGGCGCUCCCGGGUCUCGUGCGCACGAAAUUCCCUCCGAACCUCAAGAUGUUGCUUCUAGAGAACAUCGUGCCCCGCUCCAUCCGGGUAAUGAACGAGCGAGGCGUCGUGUUCCCCGGCUUCCCGCCGCCGGGGUACACGUUGGAACUGACGCUCAUGCCGCGGGACUACCAGCUCAUCCGGUUCCUGAUCUCCGAGAAGCACCGUGUGCUGCCGCGGCUCAAGUACGUGCUGAUGUACUACAUGGAGUUUAUGAGGGACCCUUCGGACCUGUACCCGUUGGCAAAGGAACACGGGGUUACGUUGGGCCCCUUGUUGGCCACCGACUACUUAAACCCCUUGCUAAAUUGGUUAGAUGAACUAUAGAAGGCGAUAAAAAACUUUAAACAGUCGCCGCACUUAAGAUUGACUUUAUUCUUGGCGUGGGACUUUAUAUAUAUAUAUUUGAUACAGACAGUUGAUACAUGGUUGGUGUUUGCACGAAGAUAUCCAGGAGAGCGAGGCAGCAUGUACGUAGGAGGCUUUUUGAACUUGUCUUUUCUUAGUAUAUAAUUCCAUAAAAUUCCACUUCCCUCA